GUUCGAGAAUGCCGAGCCAUCAUCGUCAUCGGGCGGGUCCUCGCGUGGGGCCGUGCUUCGCUGAUCACCCGGGAAGAAACACCACCAGCAGCCUCCCACGCCUCUGUAAUACAAAUCACCUCAGUCGCCAAGCGAGGUCGGUCGACAUGGGGGGGUGGGUUAGUGGGUUACAGCGCAGCCCGCCAUGAUAUGUCUCUCAAUUGCAUCUUUCUCUUCACCUUCCCAGCGAGUAAGAAACGUACAUUCUUUCGCAUGGAGCUUUCCUCUUUUCUCCAUUUCAUCUCGGGGAGAAAUGAGAUGAUGACUUUCCAGGACCCUUUUUGCUGCCACAAGAACACGAGACGAUUCGGCACUUGUCGGCGAGGCGGAAGCGAGUGCGGGAAGAUCAGACACGGGAGGAGGCCCUCACGGGUUGCUUUGUGCGACCAAAGGAAGUAAAUCAGUCAUCUCUCAAGGCUUGUGUACAGUCCGAAGUUCUAAACCCAUAAUUUGUUGCUGAUGGAGCAGAAAUCCUCCCGGAGCAAAUCCCGAGGUCCCCCGUCCGCUCUCCGUCAUCUGUUCAUCAUGAGGGAAAGCUCUCCGUCCAAUAAUCGGGAAAUCGGGUUUUAGGUAGCAUGGCAUUUUCAUGGUUUACGAAAUUAGGGCAGAAAGAAGAAUACAAAGUCCAAAGGUCUGGACGAAAAGACAAAUCCUUGAAACCUGCCCUGUCCGGAUACAGGGGAGCCGCUGCAGGCUAUCCGGAGGUAUGUCCGGCUCGGAGCCGGGGUGUGUGUUGCUGGGGGCUCCAAAAAGCACGUAAC